AUGUACGCAAAACAUUUAAUACUUGUAAAAACACUAGGAAAGUGGUACAAAUCUGUAGAUGGUCGUCCAGGUUUCACGACGGAAGCUUUUGAUGCUCUGAAAUUUAAGGCAACACAGACAAAUCUGCCUAUUCAUUGCUGUAUUGUCUUCGAUGAAAUGAAAAUUGAGACGAAAGUAGAAAAGACAUACGGUUAUGUAGAUUACGGUGGAAGUGUGGAUUCCGACUGUAGAGAAAAAUGUACUGACGCAUUAGUUUUUCUAGUUGUUCCAUUACACGCUAUUGAAUUAUGCUUUGAAGCUGGAUUGGUAGUUAAAGCUGUCACCUUCGAUGGCUGUCCAGUCAAUAUAGCAAUGGCCAAAAAACUUGGCUGCGAUUUGAAUCCAAAUAAUUUAAAAACUGUUUUUAAAGUACAAAAUAAUGAAAUAGCUAUCUUUCUCGAUCCAGCGCACAUGACAAAAUUAGUUAGAAAUAGUUUUGAACAUUACAGGGAAUUCAAAGAUGCUGAAGGCAAUAAUAUAAAAUGGAAUCAUAUUGAGAUGUUACACCAGUUGCAAGAAGAUGAGAAGUUUCACGCGGCUAACAAGCUACGAUCAAAGCACUUGUUUUUUUAA